AUGACCUCCAUACCCACGCUGCUUCUGCCAGCCGGCUCCACAGAGCCAAGCCCACCCCAGGACACCCAUCAGACACCACAGCCUACCACACCGGACGCUCAGCCAACUUUCCUUGACACUCCCAUCAAGCGAGGCUCCUCCACGAUGUUCACUCACACAACCAACGCACGUUAUCGGAUACAGACCGUCAAUGCUAUGGGCAAGGAGAUGCAAGGUUUCUUCAUUGGCCCAAUGUCACCCGAGGAAUUUCUCCAGGAGUUCCUACCGGUGACCAAUAUGCCAGACAAUACCUUCACUUCUGGCACAUUUGAAAGCACAAUCUCUGCUAGAGAUGAGGUGCAUGCUUAUGAACCAUUUAUUAACACCAUGAAAACUUUUGCACCUGAUUUAUCAUUUGUCAACUGUCACCUCUAUGCAGACACAAAUAAUUGCAAAAAAUUCCCAUUCCAAAUCAAGCCGGACGUUUGCGUAUAUUCUGAUGGAACGUUGGCGGGAUGCAAUAUAUCAACUGCCGAAGUUGUCAUCAAAUUCAAGUGGUCUCGACAUAACGACCCAUUUUGUGAACGUACCGACGGAACUUCCUUUUUGUCUCAGACCGACAAGGGCAUGGAUACCUUGGGACAAAUCACAUCCUACACGGCAGCUCAACUUACCGCUCAAUACCGCACCCACGCAUUCUCUGUCAUAAUUAUAGAAGAUCAAGCACGUAUCAUUAGAUGGGAUAGGGAGGGAGCUGUCGUCACUUCUCCUAUACAUUAUAACACUAAGCCACACUUGGCCGAUUUUUUCUAUCGUUUCGCAAAAGCAUCACCUGAAUUGCGCGGAGUUGAUACGUCUGUAACGCCCGCUAGUGACGAGGAGAGUGACUGUGCUAGGCAAAGGCUCGACCUUGACGCCAACACACGCAUGCUCAAAGUUCAGGUUCCUGCCAAGGACUCUAGCCUCGUUACAUUGAUAUUCCCUGCACCUAUUGCAACCGAUCUUCUGCCUGUUGGCCGUGAAGGAGAAACUUACAAACGAUUGAAGGAAGCCAAAGUUGUCAAUGUCACAACGUGUAUUGCAUGCCAUGAUGUACCCUCCAUUCCUCAAAAACUCCCGCAGAGCUUCAAGUUUGCAGGCAUGAGUUGGGCCUCUCCCCUCGACACACUCACUCCACACUCUCAUUACCGCCUGGUUCUCGAUAUUGUAGGCGAGGCGUUGAUAAACUUUCCGAGCUCUCAUUGGCUUGUCGAAGCGGUUUGGGACGCACUGCUUGCCCACAAGGAUGCAUAUGAAAAAGCAGGCGUGUUACACAGAGACCUCAGUAUUGGCAACAUUGUCAUUUACUUUGGCAAGGGCAUUCUCAUUGAUUGGGACUUAGCAAAGUUGAUCUCCAUGAAGGGUCAUCGACAAGUAACCCGCACGGGGACCUGGCAAUUCAUGUCAGCCUACCUGGUUCAAAACCAAUUUGCCCCAUAUGUCGUCGAGGACGACCUUGAGUCUAGUCUCUAUGUUGAGAUCUUCGAAACCGAGGAGGUGGAGAAAAUCGGUUCAUCCAUGAAACAACAUUUUCUCAUCAGGAGAACUGACCUUGCCAGUAGUCCUGUGUUUGUGGACCGCAAACCGCUCGAUGACCUCAUCAUUGCACUUGCUGAGCUCUUCUCGCAUCGGUACUCUGUGGUCUCCGCUGCGGCUUGGAACGUAUAUGAGCUGUAUCGACAGAAGGACAUAGGGUCACUUAGCCCUGGUACACAGCAGCUCAUAAAACUCAAUCCUGCUUACACGAAGAUGGAGGGUAUGCAGGAUCUGACGUCACACGACCACGUCAUAUCCAUUUACAAUCAUCACCUUGGGUUAGAUGGCUGGCCGUCUGAUGACAAGGCCGUUCCGCAAGUUCUUCUGAAUGGUAAGAAUCUACCACGGCAGAUCUACACAAAGUCGGAAAUACCGACGUCCUCGCGAGUAGUAGUCACCCCGAUGGGCAAGAGACGUAGGCUCAAUCCAAAUGCCGUUGAUAAUCUUGAUGAGACCACAGAUACUGUUCCACUCGAAGAGGAUUCUCUGCUUGGCUUGGCUCAUCCGAACGCUGUUACAGCCAUUGAAGGCCAGCUCAGCUCAAUGACUGACCUCGAUCAUUUGACGUCGCUUCACUGA